GCCAUCGCACACUCCAUCACAAGUGGAUAUUUUUGGAUAUUAACGCCAAUACACAUCCCUUUCCAUCCGAAGUGAAUCUCUCAGUUGUGAGCAGUUUCUGGUUUGGAGUGAGAGGUCUGUUGUCUGACUGUUAGUGCCGUUCAAACACAUAGUUUGCAGAGAAGUCUUUGGGUUUUUAUAUAAACAUCUCUUUUCUAACGACUCUUUCGCACCAAUUCUCGUAUCCAAAUGGCAUCGCGUGGAGCCAACUAUGGUCUCAGUGCUCAAGUGGCCAACAAAAUCGCCGGUAAACGAGACCCACAGCUCGAGUCGGAAGUGUUGGGUUGGGUCGAAGCGGUUCUCGGAGAACGACUGCCCGCCGGCUCUUUCGAAGAUGUCCUCCGCGACGGUACCAUCCUUUGCAGACUGAUGAACAAACUGAAGCCCGGCUCGAUUACAAAAGUGAACACAACUGGGGGUCAGUUCAAGAUGAUGGAGAAUAUCAACAAAUUUCAGAGCGCUAUCCGAAACUACGGCGUCCCAGACAUCGAUGUUUUCCAGACAGUAGAUCUCUACGAGCGAAGAAAUAUACCACAAGUCACGCAAAGCAUCUGUGCUUUGGGACGCACUUGCUAUCUGCACCCCGAAUGGCCCGGACCAUUCCUGGGACCCAAACCCGCUGACGAGAACCGAAGAAACUUCACCGAAGACCAGUUGCGGGCCGGCGAGGGUGUCAUAAAUCUGCAGUACGGCACGAAUAAGGGCGCCAACGCCAGUGGUAUCAACUUCGGCAACACCAGACACAUGUAACACCUCGUGUCUCGCCUACCAGUGCCCCCCACACACAACACACUACCACAACACUCUGCACUCAACUCUUUUGCAGUCAAAAAGUUAUGAAACAAAAUAUUUAAUUAACAAUUAAAAUGCGAUAAGAAAUAAAUAAAUAUUAUACGAG